CGCACGCGUUUCUCACAUUUCUCUGUACGUAACUGAAUCGUAAACUCUGAGCUCUCUCUCUGUUAACAGCAUUUUUGGUUUCUUGAAUCGCCAUGGAUGAUGAUUUCGAGUUCCCAGCUGCCGGCAACAUGGGAAUGGAGGUGGAGGAGGAUGAGGUGGUAAGCCCGGUGCUCAAGGUUGGUGAAGAGAAGGAGAUUGGUAAGGGCGGGUUGAAGAAGAAGCUUGUUAAAGAAGGUCAAGGUUGGGACAAUCCUAACGCUGGUGAUCAAGUUGAAGUGCAUUAUACUGGAACCUUGCUCGAUGGUACCAAAUUUGAUUCUAGCCGUGACAGGGGUACACCUUUCAAAUUCAAGCUUGGCCAAGGGCAAGUGAUCAAGGGAUGGGAUGAAGGUAUCAAGACCAUGAAGAAGGGUGAGAAUGCUAUUUUCACCAUACCCCCAGAAUUGGCUUAUGGAGAGUCCGGAUCUCCACCCACCAUUCCACCAAAUGCAACUCUUCAGUUUGAUGUGGAGUUGCUGUCUUGGACAAGUGUGAAGGACAUUACCAAGGAUGGAGGAAUCUUGAAGAACAUUGUUACUGAAGGGGAGAAAUGGGAUAAUCCUAAGGAUUUGGAUGAAGUGUUUGUUAAGUAUGAAGCUCGGCUUGAAGAUGGGACAGUCAUUUCUAAAUCUGAUGGAGUGCAAUUCACUGUGGAAAAGGGAUUUUUGUGCCCUGCUUUGGCCAAGGCUGUGAAAACAAUGAAGAAGGGAGAAAAAGUUCUCUUGAAUGUGAAGCCACAAUAUGCAUUUGGUGAGAGUGGAAGGCCAGCAUCUGGAAAUGAAGGAGGUGUGCCUCCAAAUGCUUCGCUCCAAGUAGAUCUUGAGUUAGUCUCAUGGAAGGCCGUGUCUGACAUUACCAAAGACAGGAAGGUUCUUAAGAAGACUUUGAAGGAAGGAGAGGGAUAUGAACGACCAAAUGAUGGAGCUGUAGUUCAAGUGAAACUUGUUGGCAAGCUGCAAGAUGGGACUGUUUUCCUUAAGAGGGGCUAUGAUGAUGAACAGCCAUUUGAGUUCAAAAUUGAUGAAGAGCAAGUAAUUGAUGGACUUGAUAGAGCUGUGAAGAACAUGAAGAAAGGUGAAAUUGCAUUGGUGAUCAUUCAGCCUGAGUAUGCUUUUGGUCCAUCUGGGUCAUCUCAGGAAUUGGCUGCUGUUCCUCCCAAUUCCACUGUGUAUUAUGAAGUUGAGCUGGUUUCUUUUGUGAAGGAAAAAGAAUCCUGGGAUCUGAAAACUCCAGAGAAGAUUGAAGCAGCUGGGAAGAAAAAGGAAGAGGGGAAUGCACUGUUCAAGGCUGGUAAAUAUGAAAGAGCAUCAAAGAGAUAUGAGAAGGCUAUGAAAUUUGUUGAGUAUGAUACGUCCUUCAGUGACGAGGAGAAACAGCAGUCUAAGACAUUGAAGAUUACAUGCAAUCUCAAUGAUGCAGCCUGCAAGCUGAAACUCAAGGACUACAAACAGGCAGAGAAGUUGUGCACAAAGGUAUUGGAGCUUGAUAGUAGGAAUGUGAAGGCACUGUACCGGAGGGCACAGGCAUAUAUUCAUCUCGUGGACUUGGAUCUGGCUGAGAUGGAUAUCAAGAAAGCCCUUGAGAUUGAGCCAGAUAACAGGGAUGUGAAGAUUGAGUACAAAAUUUUGAAGGAGAAAGUCAGAGAAUACAACAAGAAGGAUGCACAGUUCUAUGGCAGUAUUUUUGCGAAAAUGAACAAGGUAGAGCAAGCAAGAACUGCAGGAGCAAAGCAGGAACCAGUGCCAAUGGUUGUUGAUAGUAAAGCCUAAAUUUAGGAGCUACCUGUGUAGUGUUUGUUUCUGCAUGCUAGUAUAUGAGUCCCUGUUUGGUCUUGGUCUCAUAACUUUUUUCAUGUUAAGAAUACUUGUGGUGUUGGUUGUCACUUCCAAGUCAUGUACACUGAUGGUUAAUAAGAAAUGAAGUAAUCAAGUUUUUGCUA